UACGGAGAUUACAGUCACAUGAUUUCAAAAUGGCAGCGCCCAUUUGGUUACGACUUUUUCUUUUUCAUUUGGUUGUUUUGUUGUCCUUCGUUGUCAGUGGGAAUGCAGGUCCAUUACCUCUUGUGAUCAAUACAUGGCCUUUCACGAACGCAACUUUGAAAGCCUGGAGUGAGAUUCAGACAGGGAGCUAUCUGGAUGCCUUGGUUGCUGGAUGCAGUGAGUGUGAAAGCCAGCAGUGUGAUGGAACUGUGGGAUAUGGAGGCAGUCCAGAUGAAAUAGGGGAGACAACUCUCGAUGCCAUGAUCAUGGAUGGUGAGACCCAUGAUGUUGGAUCGGUUGGAGACCUGAGGCGUGUGAAGAAUGCAAUUGGUGUUGCCAGAGCUGUAAUGGACUACACUCAACAUACUCUUAUUGUGGGAGAAUCAGCCAAAGAUUUUGCUGUUGAGAUGGGAUUCAAAGAAGAGAAUUUAACAACUAACAGGUCCGCAGAGAUACACAACUCCUGGCUCCAAAACAAGUGUCAGCCUAACUACAGACAGAAUGUUAGCCCAGAUCCAACAAAGAACUGUGGACCCUACAAACCGAGCAGUAAGCUGUUCACACAACGAGACUUUGUAAAACCAGUUCACAGAUGGAACCAUGACACUAUUGGGAUGAUCGUAGUUGAUAAAGAUGGGAAGGUCGGGUCUGGAACUUCCACCAAUGGACUGUCACAUAAAGUGCCAGGGCGAGUGGGUGACUCUCCUAUAGUUGGAGCAGGAUCCUAUGCCAGUGGUGGUGUAGGGGGUGCUGCAGCCACGGGGGAUGGAGACAUCAUGAUGCGGUUCCUGCCCAGGUGAGUUUCAAUGCUGUCUGAUGAUGAUGGCAAAUGAUGAC